AUGGCACACUCUCACAAAGGCUUCUUUCUCAACCAACGGAAGUAUGUUAUUGGCAUCCUUCACGAAGCAAAUAUGACAGAUUGCAAGCCUGCUCGCACUCCCUUGGAUAGCAACUUGAAGCUGAAAACUCAUCGUGAUGCCAUUCCAAACAUACGUUACUAUCAAAUGAUGGUUGGCAAACUCAUUUAUCGGACUAUCACGUAUCCUAAUAUAUCACAUGCUAUCAGUCUUGUUAGCCAGUUUAUGCACUCUCCAACUGUGGAUCACUUGAAGAUUGUUCACCGUGCGCUUCGUUACCUCAAGGGUUCUGUUGGUAGAGGAAUUAUUAUGCGCAACAUUAGUCACACUUGCAUUUCUGGUUAUACAGAUGCUAAUUGGGCGGGCAAUUCUCUCGAUCGUAAGUCCACCACAGGUUUUUGUAUCUUUGUCGGAGGCAAUCUAGUUACCUGGAAAAGUAAGAAACAAAGUGUUGUUGCACGUUCCAGCACCAUGGCAGAAUAUUGUGCUAUGGCCUCCACUGCGUGUGAACUAAUUUGGCUCAAACACCUUCUGUUGGACUUAGGGUUUUCUCAUCAAUAA